UAUCAGACAUGAUUAGAAAGAGGAAUAAAACAAAAUGAAAGACUGCUGAGGUUUGAUUCUGAAUAGAACUUCUCUAAUCUCAUCAUAAAACUGCUGCUUGAAAACUUGUAAUUAUUUAAAGCAUCUGUAUCACAGACCAGGUAAGUCUGCCCACUGCACUUCUCUUCAGUUGCUCAAUAAUCUGCUAUUCUCUUCUCGUUCUACAUCAUAUUCUUUGGGAAAUUAUUAUGGUCAUACAAUUAUCAGAUUCAAAAGAAGAUUAUAUAUAUAUUUAUAAUAUAUAUACUACAAUACCUUGCACUCUGGCUGCAAAACUAUGUGGCCGGGUGCAAUACCAGGGCUCCAACAUCCAAUAUGCAAAUAGAUGGCUGCACUCACGGUCUUUCAAUACAAAUUUGCUUUUAUUCCAAAAUAGUUAAAAACUGGAUCAACGUUUCAGUCCCCCAUAGGGACUUUGUUCAGGAUUAGGUUUAUGAUCCUGAAGAAAGUCCCUAUGGGGGACUGAAACGUUGAUCCAGUUUUUAACUAUUUUGGAAUAAAAGCAAAUUUUUAUUGAAAGACUGUGAGUGCAGCCAUCUAUUUGCAUAUUGGAUGUAUAUAUAUAUGUAUUUAUAUAUGUAUAUAUGUAUUUAUAUAUAUAUAUAUAUGUAUAUAUAUAUAUAUGUAUGUAUAUAUGUAUGUAUGUAUGUAUAUAUGUAUAUCUAUAUGUAUAUCUAUAUGUAUGUAUAUAUAUAUAUAUAUGUAUAUAUAUCUAUGUAUGUAUAUAUGUAUGUGUGUGUAUAUAUAUAUAUAUAUAUAUAUGUAUGUGUGUGUGUGUAUGUGUGUGUAUAUAUAUAUAUAUAUGUAUGUGUGUGUGUGUAUGUAUGUGUAUAUAUAUAUAUAUGUAUGUAUGUGUGUGUAUAUGUUUGUGUAUAUAUAUGUAUGUAUGUGUGUGUGUAUGUAUAUAAAUAUAUGUAUGUAUGUGUGUGUGUGUGUGUGUGUGUAUGUAUAUAUAUAUGUAUAUGCAUGUGUGUAUAUUUCUUACAUUUCUCCCACUUGUCUACCGUCAGUCUUUGAGACUUACAAUGCUGAUUAUUUUUGCAUAUAUAUGUGUGUGUUAAUAUAAAAUUAUUUUUUUAUGUUUUUAAAAUGCAAGUAUAGUAUGUUUUCUGGUGUGUUCUAGGAAUUAGCUUAUGGCCUCCUUAAGAUGCACCUUAGCACCUAAUAUACAGAGCAAAAAUAAUCAGCAUUGCAAGUCUCAAAGACUGACGGUCUUUGAAAUAUAUGAAUAGUGUAGGACGCAUAUUGGUAAAAGAUAACCCUAAAUAUAACUUUAUUCUCACUAACUCAUUAUAGUGAAACUCAGGGACUCUAGUUAAGAUCUCCUUUGACGGCUAAGCAACAGUAUGACAAGCCCACAGAUUCUCCACAGCUCUUCUUAUUUUCUGUUUUAUUAAUCCAUGUGUAAUUUGUUUCUCGCAUGUUUAGUCUCCUGAGCAGAAGGCCAAUUUGAUGAUUUAACACUGAGUACUUCUUUAUAAGUUACAAGCUAUUUAUAUUUGCUCUGUUAUUGUUCCCUAAUGAAUCAUCUGUAGUGGCUAAAUUUAAUAAUCUAGUGCUUAUACCCCUUGUUAAGCUAGUUUAAGCCUAUGUUAAAUUGCAUAUCUAGUUAAAUACAAUAUGCUGGCUUGUGUCUCAGCGUCCUCUUACCUCACAGUUAGACAUGAUAGAUAAGCCUGAAUGAUAUUGUCCUAACAGAAUGAGAACAGUUUGUUCAUUCAUGUUACGACAACAUUUGGUACUUUUAGGUCGGUUCAAAAUUUCAUUAGAAUGAAUGAAUGAAGAUCCGAUCCGUGGCGUCAUCUUGCCCACGGUAUUAGGGACCUAUCUACUAAAAGGCUAGAAGACCAAAAUUGGUCUUUCAGCCAACUUUAUAAAUACUAAGUAAAAAUGACUUAGUAUUAGUACAUUCUGCCCCUACUCGCUAUGCCUGUGGCUGCUCACUGUUGUAAAAAAUAAAAAAUAAAUAAAGCACCCCCCCCCCCCAAGAAAAAAUGGCCACAUGGUGAGGCAUCUAUUAACUAGCAGGGAGGUCAGGGGGGGGACAAUAGGUCCCCCCAUUUUCAUUUAGGGUCCCCACCUGCCACUCAUGGGUGGGGGCUGGGAGGCACAAUAGGUUCCCCCCAUUGUCUUUUAGGGGCCCACCCACUGCUCAUGGGUGGGGGCUGGGUGGGGACAAUAAGUCCCCCCAUUGUUAUUUAGGGCCUCCACCCACUGCUCAUGGGUGGGGACCUGGUGGGGGGACAAUAGGUCACUCCUACAUUUUCAUUUAGGGCCACCAUCGCCGCUCAUGGGUGGGAGCCAGGGGGAGACAAUAGGUUCCUCCCAUUAUCUUUUAGGGCCCCACCCACCGCUUAUGGGUGGGGGCCGGGAGGAGGACAAUAGGUCACCCCCAUUGUCAUUUAGGGUCCCCAUUGUUAUUUAGGGUCAUUCGGAUGAUUUCAAUCUCUCUUAUACUUAUGCUAAUAUGGGCAUCACAUUGACCUCCAUAGAGUGAGGGAGGACAUGGGGGGCUUAGGAAGUGGCGGGGAGCACAGCUCCCUUCCGCUUCUAUUUUUACAUAUCACAAGAAGGGAGCUACGCACCUCUAGCUCCCUCCUUUUGAUAAACUGAACAAACAAACAAAUGAACACCGAUAUUCGGUGUUUGUUUGUUCGUCUGAAAUUUCUAUUCAUUCCUUUGUCUUUCUGAUGAAUGAGUGAAUGGACAAAAUUUCCAUCUGAGUUGCGGACAAUAUCGAAUGCCCAAGAGUUUAACUGGGCAUGCGUGGGAAUUUAACAGCGCUAUCUAGUGUGGGCAGAUGACGUGUCCCUCAAAAUUAAGAUACAAAAAUAGGUAAUAUGGGGGGCUUAAGGGCAUUUGGGGUAACUAGGGGGACAAUUAGAUAAAGUGGAGUCGGGGGGAGAGUUAAAAAAAAAUUGGAUUCGGCCAUGACAGUGCUGCUUUAAGUUUCUGAAGAACCCAUCCAGCUACAUUAUUGUUUUUGUUUUUUUAAAGAACUGCAUUAGUUAAGUCAAAUUUUAUAUAAUUUUUCACAUUAAAAAAAUGUAUACUAUCAUUCGCAGAAGACAAUAUUUCUCUCACUAAAUUAUCUAUUUUGUUGUAGGACUCAAAGCUGUGAGGACAAAAGAAAAACUUCAAAAUAGAACCUAACAGAUAUGGAAAACCAGCAAAAGCUUGUUGACCCCUGCACAGUGGAUUCUCAUUUUCGAUACACUCUCUUUACUGUGUCAUACAUAAUUAUUUUUAUCUUUGGUUUCACUGCCAACUGCUAUGUUUUGUGGGUAUUUACUCGGGUUUAUCCAGCUAAAAGGUUGAGCGAAAUUAAAAUAUUCAUGAUCAAUCUGACUGUGGCUGACCUGCUGUUCUUGGUGACAUUGCCUCUUUGGAUAGCAUAUUACCAUUAUCAAGGUGACUGGCUAAUGCCACCAUUUCUGUGCAAUGUGGCUGGCUGCCUUUUUUUCCUAAAUACUUAUUGUUCAGUGGCUUUUCUUGGAGUCAUUAGCUACAAUAGAUUCCAGGCUGUGACACGGCCAGUGGAAACAGCUCAGUCAACUGCUAGAAUAAGAGGCAUCUGUAUCUCAACUGCUGUUUGGAUCCUUGUAUUUUCCAGCUCUUUAUUUUUCCUUAUUAAUCCCGGAACCAACACGGUUAAUAUUAAUGGUGUCAACUUCACUCGCUGCUUUGAAGGCUAUGACACUGAAAACAGUGGUCCUGUUGCCAUCAUCCACUUCAUUCUGGUUGGAGCCUUCUUUGUUGUGUUUGUCAUCAUUUUAGUAUGCAACCUUGUAAUUAUCAGGACAUUAUUAACCAAACCUAUCCAGGCCAAGCAGAGUGCAGAAAUGAAGCAUCGAGCUCUGUGGAUGGUGUGCGCGGUUAUGGGCGUGUUUGUCAUAUGUUUUGUCCCUCACCAUAUUGUAGAUGGUCCAUGGACUUUGACUGUCCUGAGAAUGUGGCAUGAAAAUGACUGCAGUUUCCGCCAGACACUGAAUGAUGUGCAUCAGGUGACACUGUGUUUAAUGAGCACAAACUGCAUGCUAGAUCCAAUUAUCUACUGUUUCCUCACCAAGAAGUUCAGAAGACAUUUCAGCGAGCACAUCAAGAGUCUAAAACACAGCCGUAAGUUGUCCAGAAAUACUACUGAAACAAACAUAGAAGGCACUCUGCCACUCAAAGAGAGAUCCCACUCUCAAAGAGAGCAAAUGUAAGGAAAUACUACCUCAGUGAAAGGGUAGUGGACUCAUGGAUGAGCAUUCGAACAGAAGUAAGAGAGGUUAAUACAGGGGAAAAAGUUAUUGCAUUGUUAACAUAAAGCUAUUUAUGGAAGCUGUAGUCUGCUAGAAUACUGUUGCUAGAAGAAUGAGUAGAAUACAUUGACCCGUAAUUUCUAUAGCCUCAAUAAUAUUUAAAUUUACAUGCAGUUGUUAAAACAUAUGGGGAUUAAAAUAAAAGUGCAAGCUAAUAGAUGUUUUGCAAAAAAAUACUUUAAUUGUACUAAGAUGUAAAAAAACUAAAAUGUUGCAUUCAGUUAAUAUAUAUUACAACUAUAACAGAAAAAGUCAAAAUAUACCUCUACUUUCAAGUUUCUAGAUGGACAUAUUUCUCUGUGUAUCUCUGUGUCCUUCUCAGGAGCAGCCAAUCCACACGAGGGCAAAGACCCAAUUCGAGAGCCACAGCAACUGAAUAUGGGACAAGGAAUGCUUGAAACAGAGGAUCCUGUGCAGCCUUAAGUGUUUAAAUGGUUCUCAGCAUCUAUCCUUGGUAUGUUUCAAGGAUAAUCACAUUUGAUUCUAGGUAGGACACUGAACCUUCAUGCCAUGUGAGAUUUAAAACUAGGCCAUUCUUAAAGGAACACUAUAGUGCUAUGAAUGCAAAAAUGUAUCCCUAACACUAUAGUGCCCUAGUCACUGUUUAGAUGACCAGGCCGCUGCUGCUAGGAUCAAAAGGUGAUUCUACGUACCCAUUCUCCCUCGCAGCACCGGUCUCCUCAGGGAAGCUCUACCUCUUUGGCUGAGAUUAUCGAAACCAGUGAUCUCAGCCAAUCCAUUGGGUGUUAGUGUGCAUGUGUGGCAAAACACUGUGCUUCGCCAAUCAGAUGGUCUAUCUGGGACCAUGUGAUAGAAAUAGUGGCAUUUUACUUCACUAUUUUGCAGAAGCAUCUCUAGUGACUAUCGGUAUGACAGCCACUUUAAUUAGGUUAACCCUGCAAUGGAAACAUUGCCGUCCCUGCAGAACGGCAAUGUUUUCAGCUGCAGGGUUAAGACGGAGGUGACAUAGCAUCCAUACCACCUCAUUGGGAUGAAGUUAUCUUGGUGCCUAUAGAGUUCUUAUAAAAGCCAUAGUGGUAUAUGACACUUACAUAACAAGGAUCCACGCACUUUAUUAUUAUUUAUUUAUUUUUACAAAUCAUAUCUAAGAUGAAAACAAGCAACCUAGAUUCCUGGGAGUUUUGUAUUUGCUGCACUGUAUUGCACAUUGUGUUUUUUGUUUCAUAAAAGAUUUGCUAAAAAGCAGCCAUUCUAGACAGAUUGUCAUAUGGGACACAACAUGUAAAAUAAUUUACAUGACUUACAUAAAAUAACAUAUGUAAGAACAUUAAAUCAGCACAGAUAUCAGGGCUCAAAAUUUUGCUAUUGGUGAGUGAAAAAUUAGCCCUAGCAAAUAGCCUGAUGAAUUCACUUGCACAUUCACAGACUUGCAGUGACAAGUAUCCAUUAAUGCCUGGCUAGUAGCAUUAAACUAGCAGCAACAGUGAGAUUUAGGUAUCUAAACCUGUACCUUGUGGGCACCACCAUCCUCUUGUUCCUCUUCUUUAUCGCUGUACAUGCAUGCACGAGAGUACAGCAUUGAGAUCUAUGGAGAAUCCCUUAAGAAAAUCCAUAGAAAGAGCUUUAAAGACCACUAUAGUGCCAGAAAAACAAACGUGUUUUCCUGUCACUAUAGUGUCUCUAGGUACCCCCCACCCUCAAGGUUCCACUCCUGCUGGGCUGAAGGAGUUAAAACACUUACCUUUCUCCAGCGCUAGGCUCCCUCAGCGCUGGGGAACUCUCCUCCUCCUGCCGCUGACAGAGCUGAAUGCGCACGCGCAACAAGAGCCGCGCGCGCAUUCAAACCGCCUAUAGGAAAGCAUUACUCAAUGCUUUCCUAUGGACGUCAGCGUCUUCUCACUGUGAUUUUCACAGUGAGAAUCGCGGAAGCGGCCUCUUGUGGCUGUCAGUGAGACAGCCACUAGAGGCUGGAUUAACCCUAGUGUAAACAUAGCAGUUUCUCUGAAACUGCUAUGUUUACAGCUGCAGGGUUCACACUAGAGGGACCUGGCACCCAGACCACUUCAUUGAAAUUCUAACACAAGCAAUUUGAGUAUUUAAUACAGAUUCUAUCUAUGAAAUACCCAUUUUGGAGGGGGAGAGGGUGACAGUGCCACUUUAAUAUUUCUAGUAAACUAAAAAAAAAAAAUAGUAAUAAAAUAAUUUGAAAUGUCUAUCCAAAGAUAUUAAAUCAAACCUCAUGUUAGGAAACAGAUCACCCAGUGGAGUUGGCUUGGUAAUAGACAGAAUAACGGGGAGACACUGACAGGUAAUGAGGAAUACAACACUUGAUAUGGUUUAUUUGGUGAGCUUCUGUGAUACAAAAAAAAAAAACUCCUUAUUGAACAGCUUGUUUACCUUUUUGAAAAGUACCCACGCAUAUCUUUAAACUUUCUUACUAGUCCUGUCACAGUCAAUAUAAUAUAAUAAUUUCAAUGGGAGUGUGCAGGAGCAGAACAGCAUAAGAACAAAUAAAAAGCCUCAAUUACACGUUCAAGCUUUCAAACAAACACUUUCUGUAAACCUGUCUUCCUCUGAGGACAAAUAAAUGCACAAAAUUGCUGUUUUGUCUUGUUUAAUGUGAUAACUCUCAGAAUAUAUUUUGUUUAAAACAAUAUAGUUUUUGGACCCCAUUAUAUACUUUGUACAAGUCAUUUAUACUAUUGUAAUAUUGCCAUAUUGUAUUGAGCAUCAUUUAAUAAAAACGUUAUUAGAAAAAUA